AUGUUGAUCAACGUGUGGGAAAUGAGCACAGAUCCAAAAUACUGGGGUGACGGAGAUUGUUUUAAACCAGAGAGGUUUGUUGAUUCAUCCGCGAGUUUUAAGGGAACUAAUUUUGAAUUUCUGCCAUUUGGAGCAGGUAGGAGGAUAUGUCCAGGCAUUUCAUUUGCUAGUGCAGUCAUUGAACUUGCACUUGCUCACCUUCUCUAUCAUUUCGACUGGAAAGUCCCAAAUGGAAGCAAGCCAGAAGAACUCGACAUGACUGAGACAUUUGGAAUAAGUGCAAAGAGGAAAUAUGAUUUGGAGUUGAUUGCCAUUAAUCCCAUGUCCUCCAUUGCUAGAUCAGAAAACAUUAAUUAUUAUUAUAUAUGA